CUACCAUGAAUCCCUAUCCCUAUCUUAUUGAUUGUCAUUAUCAGCAAAGAAUCUGUACUAGUGUUAUUGCCCUUACUGCUAUCUGUGCCAGCUUUACAACUGUUCUCAUGGCCCAACCAGAAAUCACACAACAAACCGACAACUCAUCAAAGGCACAUUGGCAAGAUUCAGAGGUUGAUGUCCUACUUCAUCACCUUGUUGAGAACCGGGCAGCAGGUGGUGAUGGUGGAAACUUCUCAAUGCCUACCUACAACAGCGUAGUGGCUGCUAUCAAUGCUGAUCAUGCAAUCCAAACAAUAGGCCCACUAAAGACGGCCAAGAUGGUUAAGACGAAAUGGACUUUGCUCAAGAAAACAUUCAAUCAAAUCGAGAUCUACUGUGGUGUAUCAGGCUUCCAUUGGGACAAUGUUCGUGGGGCUGGGAUUGAGGGAGUUGCUGUUGCGAGUGUCUGUGAUGCAUAUGUGGCCCCAAAGUCACGAAUUGCAAUGCACCCCUUUUGCAACAAAGGGUGGCCUCCAUACAAUGACAUGCAGGCCAUCUUGGGGGAAAACAGCAGUGCUCAUGGAUGCCACUCCUUCCACCCUGCUACUGCAGCCCCCACCUUUAUCGCUGUAGAUGAUGUACUCGAUGGUCCAGAUGGAGCCCUUGAUCUUCUCAACAUGGACAUAGGGGGCAGCGUCUCUGGUGCCACUCCUGGUGGCUCCCAGUCCACAACACUAGUAGUACCAUUGGAGUGGGGGCCCCUAGGCAAGGGGACAGGCACCCUGUCUACCCAGCGAGAACCCCCACCUAGAGAUAAAAAAGGCCGAUUCAAGAAGAAAACACACAAGCUAGAGCAAGAGCAAGAAGAGUCAGAACACGAAGUCAUACGGCAGUUAGCAGACGACGAAGAAUUGUUACCAGGCGCACCUGAUCUGUCCUUGAUAACUUUCUCAUUUCUCAAUGACGAGAGUAUAGAGAAAGAAAGUCACGAAGAGACACAGAGCCUCCAAUUUCCCCCAGUGGAACCACCGAGUCCACUGAGAGAGCCUUGGUCACCAUUUGUGAAACCAAGGGCAACGCAAGCUAUAACACCAUUGCAUAAACCUACCUCGCUAUUCAUAGCACCAAUUGUCACACCACCCAACAUUACACCUACACAUACAUCCCGCAUAUCUAACUCUACAGGCCCACCGGCUGUAUUCCACGGACGAAGCGACAAGAACGCACAAAACUUCUUGCGUGCCACAGAGAUGUAUAUCCUGGUCAAUGGUAUCAGAGAUGAAGCAGUGAAAGUCAAACUGUUAGGCACCCUUAUCUCAGCCGGAUCUCAGGCAGACCUAUGGUGGACGAACCUGGAUACAAAGCACAAAGUCAGUUGGACAACGAUUAGAGCGGCAUUUAUCACCAAAUGGCCCGCAAUAAUCGCAGCAGACAAAACUAAGCUAGACACGCUGCAGAAGUUAGUACAGGAUGCAGGAGUCGACAGCGCACCGAUCCUAAUCCAACCAGUUCGUGAUGCACUUCCACGAACAUUAAGGGACUUAACGUCACCAGCACCACCAGAUUGGAACACAUUCCUGACGGAGAUCAAAGAUGUGAACAUUGACACACUGUUGGAAAAGGUGAAGUGGAUGAAAGAAAGGAAGGAGGUGGAAAAGGCCCAGAACACUCGCAUUGCUCGACUCGAGAAUAGGCAAGGAGAUCCAGUGGAGAUCCUUCGUUUACAAAUGCAGCAAGCAACUAUUGGAACACCGGUCAAUCAAGCAGCACCAUAUAACACACCUCAUACACAAAACCCACAACCAAACCCCACAUUUAAUAACUCAGCUCAUCGACAGAUACACUAUGAACAAUUCAACGUCCUCGAGGCCAACCUCUGA